UAAUAGGAAGAAUGUAUUUUCAUUCCACCUGCUUCUCGAUCCGCAUACACAGACAUCCACAGAGCCUCUGUUCAACACGGUGGUGGGGUUGAGGGAGAACAGGCUGUGAUUGGAGGGAGAGCUAACCACGCCCACUUAGGAGACAGGAAGAGUAACCGUUUUCUUAACAUUGGAUAAGCCUACAGUUGGGUAUCUCCCUUCAUCCAAUAUCUCUGGUGCCGCUUUCAAAUCUUGCUAGCUCUCCAACAUUACCAACUAUAGCUUUAAACCCGUUGUCCUCGUUUGCGGACACUUUUCUGCUCAGUCCCGACACAAAAGUGGACAAGCUACAAAACCUGAUCAAAUUUUAUGUCUGUAGUUUGUUAUGGCAUACAAAUGAUCAAUUAAAGUAAUAGUAACAAGCUAAAAUGCUGCUAAUUAGGAAGUACUCGUUUGAGGACACUGGGAUGUUAUUAUUGUACUAUCCCAGCAUUUCACACAGGCCAAUCAUGUGUGACAGACUGUCCCUACAGACAAAAAGGACAUUUGUAGACCGAAGUAUGAAGCUGGGAAAAUUUACAGUUACAAAACAAACAAAUCACAAGACUUUUAGAUAUGUUGCACCUGAAGUGACCUCUAACCCAUGCAGCUACAACACAUUAAAUAGUUGGUGCAUAGUUUGUAAUUUGUUUUUUUGCACAACAAUGUUUAGGUAUUGGAAUUAAUCCGUUUUUACAUCUGGAACCUCCCGUCUACAACAGGCUUGAGACGCUCACUCCUUAAGGAAUAUGAUCCUCGUUUGAUUCGGCGGUGGGAACCUCUUGGGACCGCAUAAUUGCUGACGUCGACCCCAGCAGGAUUCGAACCACGGACCUUCCGCAUGGAAGACAAGUGCUCUAAGCACUACAAAUGUUUAGGCUGCCUGUCUGUGCCGCUCUUUAACCAGAAGAAAAGAAACAGAAUUCCUUUGACAUCUGCUCCCUCUGAGAAUGAAUUCUUCUCCCACAGUGAAUACACGGCAAGCACCAGCUCAGCUGCAUCUCUCAGUACAUCAGGUACCUAUGGGUGUUACCAGGCCUCUGGUCCCGUUUCUGGUGCUCUACAAAGCCACCAGUGGAACAGGCAGGGUAUCCCUCAAUCUACUCCACCCCAGCAGUAUGGCAGCAACAGGCCUGCUCCUGGGCCUGCCCCUGCAAUGAGAACCUAUACACCUGUACCACAUCCGUACAAAGCUGGAGGUACAAGCUCUAAGAUGGGACAGCCCAGCAGCUCAGUGAGACAACAGGAUUUCAGCCUCGGUGUUAACUCCAGACAGAGCAACUAUCAAGCCCAACACAUCAGGGAGAGUGCACAAAACAAGGCAACACCACAUACUGGGUUCUCUCAGAUGGGACAGCAGUCAUCUUACAGGCCCCCCAAUCCCACACAGUAUUCCCAGCAGCCGAGACCUGCGCCCGCUCCUGUCCCACCACCCAGCAGGCCCUCUGCUCGUGCAGCACAGCCACAAAGCAACUCCUGGAACUUUACUAACAGCUUUGGGCCGCAGAGAUCCCCGUUUCAAGGAAACAGGAGCACAAAUCAAUCUCAGACUGUGCGACAAACUCAGGGCACACUUCCAGAAAAGCCAGCCAUGGAAAACUCACUAAGGAUCCUGACCGCAGUUAUUGAUGGCAUGAGACACUGGAGUCAGUUUAAGGACAAAGUCCCGUACUUAUUUGAGAUAUUUGCUACUCUCGACUCUGCGGUCACUCUGGGUCGUCACGGAGCCAAGAACUUCCUCAUGAGAGACGGGAGAGAGGUUGUUCAGUGCGUCUUCUAUGAAAAUGAGCAGGAGCUGCCCCGUCUCAUCCGUGGUCAAGUUCACCGCUGUGUGGGAAACUAUGACCGCAGCAGAGAUGUCCUGAUGUGUGUAUCUGUCAGACCCGGCCUGCCGUCAGAGCUGAGGAACGCACAGGAGGCUGUCAAAGCCUGCGAUGCAGAAAUGAGGGCGCUGGUCAAAUCACUCAGUGAAGUCUGACCAUGAGGUACCUUCAGAUGAAUCAGACAAAAAGUAUACCAGUAUUUGAUGUGGGUACAUGAAAACCAAGCUUAGUGCUAUAUAGUGAUAGAUAACUCUUGUUAUGGGUAGAAGUUCAAGUAGUUUUAAUAAGUAUGUUUAAGGUAUAACCUACUGGCAGUGUUGCCAUUAGUUUGUUCCGUGCACUAGCACUGAAAUUUAACAGUUAAAUUCACAUGCAUG